CGCACAGAGUCCGGGCGGCUACGGAAGCGAUAAAAUAGUCCCUCGGCCGCCGCCCUGGUGCAACCCGAUGCGUUGCCGUGGAGACGGGCAUGGCUGGAUGGAGUGGGGUGCGUUGAGAUGAACUGACCCUGCUGCGCCACGGGGACUGCAGUGGACCUGGCUUGCUGGCAAGGCGGGUAACCAGUUGAGCCAGGGUGGGGCUGCUCAGGAGCGUGGAGCCGAGGCCAGGAUUUCGCUGAAGACCCGGCACAGGUGUUUCCUUUCUGCGACAAGACACCAUUGCUAUGGAAACUAAAGCGCUAGGCCAGCCGGGAUUGAGGCUUCGGGAUCCUGACUGGUCACCCUCCCGAAGACCCUUGCCCAAGGCUUCCCGGAGCGGCUACUUCCUGAACGAACCCGCGCAUCCUCCCGAGGGAAAAAGUUUUCCGUGGACACAGCCUAGCAGAAAGACGCAGCCUUUAUGCUUUGCUGAUUGCUGACCUACCGCCUUGAUGACAGCACCCUUGUGUGCCUUCCCGGUUCAGUUCCCGAAGCCCUCAGUCAGCGGCCUCUCACAGAUAACCAAAAGCCUGUAUAUCAGCAAUGGCGCAGCCGCCAAUAACAAGCUCAUGCUGUCUAGCAAUCAGAUCACCAUGGUCAUCAAUGUCUCAGUGGAGGUAGUGAACACCUUAUAUGAGGAUAUCCAGUACAUGCAGGUACCUGUGGCUGACGCCCCUAACUCACCUCUCUGCGACUUCUUUGACCCUAUUGCUGACCACAUCCACAGUGUGGAGAUGAAGCAGGGCCGUACUCUGCUGCACUGUGCGGCCGGUGUGAGCCGCUCAGCCGCCCUGUGCCUCGCCUACCUCAUGAAGUACCAUGCCAUGUCCCUGCUGGACGCCCACACAUGGACCAAGUCAUGCCGGCCCAUCAUCCGACCCAACAGUGGCUUUUGGGAGCAGCUCAUCCACUAUGAGUUUCAGUUGUUUGGCAAGAACACUGUGCACAUGGUCAGUUCCCCAAUGGGAAUGAUUCCUGACAUCUAUGAGAAGGAAGUCCGUUUGAUGAUCCCACUGUGAGCCAUCCCGCCAGCCGCAGCAUUGGGGUCAGAGGUACAGAUCUGCUGCUGAUCCUACACCAAGAUCCAAACUUGAACGUUCUACUUUUGUUGAUAUAGAAAAAAACAGAUGAUGCCUUUUAUGAGCACCAGAAAAUAGUUGCAGUAGCUUUUAACUUUAUAAUCCAUUUUUUAAAAGAUUAAACUCACCAAUUUUGAGAUGGUGAAAAUAAAUUUUCUGCCCUGUGAGUGUCAGGCCUCCACUGGCCAGUACAUAGAUUGAGGCAGAUGGUGCCUAGAACAGAGGCCAGCACCCAGUGCACAUGGCAGGCCUGGAAUCCUGCAGCCCUCCCCAAAACUGAGUGACCCAGGAAUGAAUCUGCUACAAUUCCACCUCAUUCUUUCACACCCAGAGCCAGAGCCUUAAGCAUCAUGGGUCCUCUUGCGCUUCUCACAGUAAGGGCCAAUCUACUAGAUAAAUUGCCUUCAAGCAGUAAUCCAGGCAUCCUGGGGGGUCCCAGGCCACUUCUGCUUCCACCUUCACUACAAGUGGCCCAAUUCCGGUUUUCUAGAUUGGACUUAUACAUAAAGUAGUUUUCAAAGAAAGCAUUCCACUGUAUAAAUUUUUUUUUCUUUUUUUGAGACGGUCUUGCCAGAGUGCAGAAGCAUGAUCAUGGCUCGUUGCAGCCACAACCUCUCAGGCUCAAGCGAUUCUCUCACCUUAGCCUCCUGAGCGGCUGGGACUACAGAUGUGCACCAUGCCCACCUCAAUUUUUUUUUUUUUAAGAGAUGAGGUUUUACUACAUUUCCCAGCCUGGUGUCAAACUCCUGGCCUCAAUCCUCCCACCUCAGCCUCCCAAAAGUGUUGGGAUUAUAGGCGUGAGCCCCUGCAUCCGAGUACCACUUUAUAAAAAUUUUUUUUAAAAAAAGUUUUUUGUGAGUGCUAUUGUACAUGGCUAGGUUUCAAAGAGCCCUUGGCCAUCCCUCACCAACCUUUGAUGAAAGGUGGUGUUAGUCCCCUUCUCCAGGCCACAUUAGAAAAAUAGGCCUGACAUCAGGCCUCGGGGUUUCUCUCACAGGCCUUGGCUUGGAAGGCUGGAGCUUCAGACCAAGGCGCAGCCCUGAAACCUCCUCUUCAUGUGACCUGGAGCCCUGGGAGCAACACUGUCCUCAUCUGUCCAAUGACAGCCCUUUUCUCACAGAGUUGUUGUGAAGAUUCAACAAUUUCUUGGCAUAGUGCCUGGCACGUGGUAUGUGCUUAGCUCAAACGGCCGCUCUCAUCAUGAAUGAGACUGUUUCACCCUGCUGGCCCCUGGUUGGCACCCUCAUCCUCAAAUGCCAUUUCUUCUAUCUGUGCACAGCCCUUUAUUGUUUAUAAAGUACUCUUCCAAAAAGUUACCCUAUGUGUUAAAAAAAA